AUGGAGCAGAAAGCAAUGGAGAGAGUAAUAUCUUUGGGGAGAAGUAGUAGUGCUAGUACCAAGCGUACAAGACGUGGAUCCAUAUUGAACGUUGGAAAUCAUCAUAUUAACAUAGAUGAACUACCGAGAAAGCUGAAAUUUAGGCCAUGUAGAGUGACUGAGUUCAAGAAAGGUUGUGGGAGGAGGGAAGAAAUUAAUCGACGAGUCAUGUUUGCGGAUGUGGUUGAUUAUAAGAAAGUGGUAUUAAGGCACCAAGAGAUGCAAGCAGAUAAAGUACUUACGCAGGCUUCAAUAAACAACAUGAUUGAAGAAAUAGUGAGUAAGCUGGUGGAGGACAAGAAGAGCAAAGUGAAGGCUUUGGUUGGUGCUUUUGAGUCGUUGAACACUCUUCAUAAUUCCAAAGUCAUUCCCACUCUAACUGUAUGA